GGAGGCGCCCCGCUCGGCAGAUCGCUUGGUCCUGCAAACGCGCGCCGGGCGCUUUCCCCGGAGCUGGGCUGUGCGUGCGAGCGCCCUUUUGCAGCAGCCACUGCCCGAGGGGGCGGGGAAGAGGGGACAUCGGCCGGCCGGCCAGGGGGCGGCGUCCCCCCUCAAAACCGCCUGCAAAGUGUUUGGGGCGGCACAAUCAGGCCGCCUGCUCGGCGGAGCAAGCCACUCGCCCCGGGCUGAGCGAGCGCACCGGGUUGGUUGGUAGAGCCGCGGUUGCUAGCGGGUGCCGGUGCCCUGGGCGCCGGGCUUGGGCUCACCAUGCCCCUGCGGGACCGGGUCGCCGGGCACAAGCGGAUUCCCGGCUUGCCCCCGCCUCGACGCGCUCGGAUUAGCUGCAGCUGGCGCCCAGGGAUUUGAAUUUGGACCCCAGGAGGGAGCGCGCCUAGGCCGACCUCGGAGUGGCGGCCCCGCGGCCAACAUGCUUCGCAAAGGGUGCUGUGUGGAGUUGCUGCUGCUGCUGCUGCUGGCUGGGGAGCUACCCCUGGGUGGUGGCUGUCCUCGAGACUGUGUGUGCUACCCCUCGCCCAUGACUGUCAGCUGCCAGGCACACAACUUUGCCGUCAUCCCGGAGGGCAUCCCAGAGGACAGCGAGCGCAUCUUCCUGCAGAACAAUCGCAUUACUUUCCUCCAGCAGGGCCACUUCAGCCCCACCAUGGUCACCCUCUGGAUCUAUUCCAACAACAUCACCUUCAUUGCUCCCAACACCUUCGAGGGCUUUGUGCAUCUGGAGGAGCUAGACCUUGGAGACAACCGGCAGCUGCGGACGCUGGCACCUGAGACCUUCCAGGGCCUGGUGAAGCUCCAUGCCCUCUACCUCUAUAAGUGUGGACUGAGUGCUCUGCCCGCAGGCAUCUUUGGUGGCCUGCACAGUCUGCAGUACCUCUACUUGCAAGACAACCACAUUGAGUACCUCCAAGAUGACAUCUUUGUGGACCUGGUCAACCUCAGCCACUUGUUUCUCCACGGCAACAAGCUUUGGAGCCUAGGUCAAGGCAUUUUCCGGGGCCUGGUGAACCUAGACCGGUUGUUGCUGCAUGAGAACCAGCUACGGUGGGUCCACCACAAGGCUUUCCAUGACCUCCACAGGCUGACCACCCUCUUUCUCUUCAACAACAGCCUCACUGAGCUGCAGGGUGACUGUCUGACCCCCUUGGUGGCCUUGGAGUUCCUUCGCCUCAAUGGUAAUGCCUGGGACUGUGGCUGCCGGGCACGUUCCCUGUGGGAAUGGCUGCGGAGGUUCCGAGGCUCCAGCUCCACUGUUCCCUGUGCAACCCCUGAGCUGCGGCAAGGCCAGGAUCUGAAGCUACUGAGGGCUGAGGACUUCCGGAACUGCACAGGACCAGCAUCUCCACACCAGAUCAAGUCUCACACGCUUACCACCUCUGACAGGGCUGCCCGCAAGGAGCACCAUCCAUCCCAUGGCACCUCCAGGGACAAAGGCUACCCACAUGGCCAUCUGCCUGGCUCCAGGUCAGGUUACAAGAAGCCAGGCAAGAACUGCACCAGCCACAGGAACCGAAACCAGGUCUCCAAGAUGAGCACUGGGAAGCAGAUUCCUGAACUGCAGAACUACGCCCCUGACUACCAGCACAAAUUCAGCUUUGAUAUCAUGCCUACCGCACGACCCAAGAGGAAGGGCAAGUGUGCCCGCAGGACCCCCAUCCGUGCCCCCAGUGGGGUGCAGCAGGCUUCCUCGGGCGCUUCCCUGGGGGCCUCACUCCUGGCCUGGAUCCUGGGGCUGGCAGUCACUCUCCGCUGAGGAUGCAGGGCACCAUUACCCAGCACUGCCACAUGUCCAGCAAGGAACAGAAUCUUUUCUUUUCUUUUUUUUUCUAUGUGGAAGAUCUGCUGGGUUUCAGGAAAAGGCUGCUAAAGCCUUCAGCCACAGUCUGGACCCUCCCUGGUGAAUUAUAAGUCCGAAGUGUACAGCUCUAGACAGGAGGGUUGGCACAUCUCACCUGGUUGUCCUGGCGCAGCACCUACGGACAGCAUCCACUCGGCACAGCGGUCAAAGGCAUGCAAAGUGAGUCAUCGGUAGUGACAGACACGUGCCCUUUGCAGAAGCUGGGCUCUGUGGAAUCCUGGUCAUCGGGAAAGAAGGGCCGACGGACCCUGCUGCUUUGGGAAGGAGCAGGACUCAGGACAAGGCUCACCAGCUGGGGCAACCAGCAAUCUCAGAGCGUUCUGGGCUCUUGCCUGAGGCCACUUAGUCAACCUGCCCAGUCCAACCCUAUGCCACCCUCAGUCCCUACCCAUGGGGAUAAUGCCUCUCAUUCCUGAUGUCUCAGGCAGUCCUGGCAGACCUGCUGGGGUCCAAGAACCAAUCACCAAAGGAAAGAUGGCCAGAGGAUGACAUUUAGAACUUCACUCGCAAUGAGAGUCACACAGAAGGUGCAGCUUUAUACCUAUGUCCACUUAUAUAUAUUCUCACUCCUUACCCACACACCCACACAAUAUAAAUAUAUAUAUAUAUAAAUAUACAAAUGCACAGGCCCCACCCACUUCUUACCAAACUGUACGUCUUAUCAUGUUUAUAAACUAUACGGGAACCUA